AUGGAGAAGCAAGGAAGCAAGCCAACGACAGAGGAACCGCUGACAAGAAGGUACUCCCCAUUUCUAGAAAGUUCAUUGCUCACUGGUAAUGGUGUUGGGGCCUCAGACGAGUGGAAAGCUGUUCCUGAUAUUUGGAGAUCUUCUGCUGAAAAGUAUGGUGACAAAAUUGCAUUAGUAGAUCCGUAUCAUGAUCCUCCUUCAUCUAUGACGUAUAAACAGUUGGAGGAUGCAAUAUUGGACUUUGCUGAAGGAUUGAGAGUAAUUGGAGUAAGACCCUAUGAGAAGCUUGCACUUUUCGCUGAUAAUUCUUGUCGCUGGCUUGUAGCAGAUCAAGGUAUGAUGGCAUGUGGGGCAAUCAACGUGUUCUUAGAACUGACGAGGAAUGCAUCUAAAUUUGCUAGAGCUCUGUUAUGUGUUGCACUAGCUGUCGACAAUCCUGAAAUGUUUAAUCGGAUUGCAGAACUGUUUUAUUUGAAGGCUUCAAUAAGAUUUAUUAUUCUGCUUUGGGGAGAAAAAUCGGGCCUAGUCAGUGAAGGAGACAAGGAGGUGCCUAUAUAUACUUUCAUGGAAGUCAUACAUUUGGGACGUGAGAGUCGCAGAGUAUUGUUUGAUUCUCUUGAUAAUAGGAAGCACUACAUAUAUGAAGCAAUAGAAUCUGAUGACAUUGCUACUCUUGUAUACACAAGUGGAACUACUGGGAAUCCUAAAGGUGUUAUGCUAACCCAUCGGAAUCUUUUGCAUCAGAUAAAAAACUUAGGGGAUAUUGUACCUGCUGAAGUUGGGGAUAGAUUUCUAAGCAUGUUACCUUCCUGGCAUGCAUAUGAAAGAGCUUCUGAGUAUUUCAUUUUCUCCUGCGGUGUUGAACAAGUAUACACAACUGUGAAAAAGUUAAAGGGUGAUUUGAGACAUUAUCAGCCACAUUACUUGAUUUCUGUUCCUUUAGUAUAUGAAACUUUAUACAGUGGGAUCCAAAAGCAGAUAUCCACAAGCUCUCUAGUUAGAAAGCUUGUUGCACUGACAUUCAUAAGGGCCAGCUUAAGGUACAUGGAAUGCAAGCGUAUUUAUGAGGGAAAAUGUCUAACAAAGGAUCAAAAGCCGCCUUUGUAUCUACAUUCAAUGUUGGAUUGCUUAUGGGCUAGAGUUAUUGCCACAAUAUUAUUUCCAGUUCAUUUGCUGGCGAAGAAACUGGUCUAUACUAAACCCUCUGGCACUAUGCAGGCUGGAAUAAGUGGUGGUGGUAGCCUAUCCUCUCACGUGGAUAGAUUUUUUGAGGCUAUUGGUGUGACUGUGCAGAAUGGAUAUGGUUUAACAGAAACUUCACCGGUUGUUGCUGCUCGACGGCUUAGUUGUAAUGUUAUUGGGUCUGCUGGGCAUCCAAUUAAGCAUACAGAAUUCAAAGUCAUAGAUUCUGAGACUGAUGAAGUUCUCCCACCUGGUUCAAAGGGAAUUUUGAAAGUCCGAGGUCCACAAUUGAUGAAGGGAUACUACAAGAAUCCUUCCGCUACAAAUCAGGUCUUAGAUAGGGAUGGCUGGCUGAAUACUGGGGAUAUUGGUUGGAUUGUUCCGCAUCAUUCAACUGGGCGGAGUCGAAAUUCCGGCGGAGUAAUUGUUGUGGAUGGUCGUGCUAAAGACACUAUUGUGCUUUCUACAGGUGAAAAUGUUGAACCGGGAGAGCUUGAAGAAGCUGCCAUGAGGAGUAGCCUCAUACAUCAAAUAGUUGUUAUUGGACAGGAUAAGCGACGUCUAGGGGCUAUCAUUGUUCCUAACAAAGAAGAAGUCUUAAAGGCAGCAAGGGACUCAUCAAUUAUAGAUUCCAACAGUUCAGAUAAUCUCCUUCGGUUACACUCAAGUGGUUUAGAAAGUUGCAAGCGCCUUGCAAAAGAAGUAUGA